GGAAAGACGGAAAUAAAACGAUUCAAAGCCGUUUCCUUCAAAUUGCCAAGACCUGGGACUUUGACGAUACUGCUGCGUACCCUACAUCAUCACUAUCUCUCCUCUACUCAUCGCCAUAUCCGAUGAUGGCUUCAGCCACCGAAAGCCUUCAGGCCCAGCAACUUACUGUACUGUCAGGCCUUCACGCUCUGACAAUACCCAAGGAUAAUGAUCCCUGGAGACAACCUCAGCCUCCAGCAUACUCGCCGCAGGCACAACCGACGGUCUUUGGAAGCAUCGCAUCCCAAUUCGUGAGGCGGGAUGGUACUCACAACAGCCAAUGCAGUCAACGGACCUCUCAUUGUCCGCAAGACUUGAUCCUACUAGAUGCCGACGAGGAGGAGGAAGAGGAAGACCUAUCACCCAUUUCCCUGCGCAUCUCAACACGAAUCGACGUGGCCAGCGAUAACAACCUCAUCGCCCUACCCUAUUCGCCUGCGGCACAGGCAAACUCCAUUGCCAAAGCGAUAGUCGAUGCCAUUUAUGAAAGAGAUUGGACAGUUGGAUGUCCCUUGAUUGACGAGAAUGGCCGGCCAAGACCGUUGAAGCUGGAAGUUGAUGCGGGUAUCACUGUAAGGGGAUCGUCAAAUGUCAUUGGCACGGAAGCAGUCAUCACAGAGUUUCUUCAGCGUGGAACUUAUACACAAAAGCAGACCUCCAACCAACAACCCUGGAGAGAGUCUACCGAUUCCGCGGCGUCCCCUUCAUCCCCGAAUCGGAGGAGACCGGCCUCGGAGCUAGACGCACCUGAGCAUCCAGUGUACAAGCGUGCCCGAAGUGAGGAGUGAGCCUUCGCGGGUCUGCCUCUUGGUUCUUUUCGAGGAAUACUUCAUUGCUCUCGGCGUUGCAGCUCUAGUUAGGAUGAAGGGAACAUAGAGC